AAGCACAGAGUUGUUAUUGUGGAGAAAUUUAUUUAAACAAAAAUAUACAUACAAAAAGUGAAAAUGCCUUUUCUAACGCGUGAAUACAAUUUCCACGAGUCGGAGUUAGCAGCCGCUAAAGAUCAGCGCACAAUGGCCAUGCGCAGCGUCAAGAAGUUAUUGCGCCCACUAAUGCGCAUCAUCAAGAAGAAACAAUUAUUGCAGAAAACGCUCGCCGAAGUCAAGCAACAAAACGACUACAAUUCAUCGCUAGAGGAUAUGCGCAAAGAUCCAGCCGCGCUCAACGCCUACGAUGACAAUUUGGCCAAUGAGGCGUUGGAGCAGCGCCUGCAUGAACAAUUGCAGUGCAGCGCGCCCGAAGCAGCGAUCAUUGUGCGCCAGGGCAGCAGCCAAGCAGUGGUGCCCGUGCAGCAGCAACACUACAUACCGGUGCAUUUUGCGCGCACCGCCAAUGGCACAUUCUUCUGGACCACCAACGACAUGCCGCGCCAACAGGAGUUGCAAUUGCGCCAACAGCUCGAUCGCUGGGGACAAGCGUAA